AUGAACAAUAAUGUUGAAGAACUCCUACGGCGUAUUCCCCUCUACAACAAAUAUGGUAAGGAUUUUCCACAAGAAACAGUGACUAGGUUUCAGAUGCCUGAAUUUAAGUUACCAGCGCUACAACCAACAAGGGACUUAUUAUGCCCUUGGUACGAAGAAUGUGACAAUAUCACCAAAGUCUGUCAGUUACAUGAUUCUUCUAAUAAGAAAUUCGAUCAGUGGUACAAGGAGCAAUAUCUGAGUAAAAAACCACCGGGAAUUGUUGGAAACACACUAUUAUCUCCAUCAAGAAAGGAUAAUUCCUAG